AAACAUUAGCUAAUUGCUCCGAACUUCAUUAAUUGUCGUUCGUGACCGGUUAAUUGCACCGAUUGAAGCGGAGCCACGGACUCUUCUUCCUGCUGGUGGAAAAACAACGAGCAAGCGAAAGCCUCGCGUUUACCCGAUCCAUAACAGAAAUCCAAAAUUAAAUCCUAAACUUUUUCUGCCUCUCGUCGUUUCUAUCGCCUGCUCUUCCUACGCCACCCCCAUCGUCGAGGCGAACACACGUCGUCCGCUUCAAGUCGCUUUGUAUCGCUUAAUUCCUACUCCAAUUGCGACUCGAAGCUGCAAAUUAAUACUUUAAAUGACCAUGUGUUGCCACGCGAGUGUUUAGGACGUAGAUUUGAGCGCUGGGACGCAUGAAAACGGGGCUCUACUUGACGGAUAGGGAGGAGGGGGUGCGAGCGUUCUUAACACAUCUGUAAGCGGAGCCCACGUUCAUUAAUUAAAUGGCUUUAGUCCGGCUAGGCCUCAAUUUGCGCUGUUGAGCAGCAGGAGGCGGGCAGUGCAACACUAGAUGCCCGAUUGGCAGCCCACAAUCAGAGGGGAGGAGUCUGGAGAGCUGGUGCGCAGUCAAAGGAAUGGAGUGGCAAAGUGGGUCUGCCCCCUCUGCCAACAAGGGCAAUCGAACAGAUCUUCCUUGUCUUUACAUCUCAAUGAGCAACACAGCGUACUUCCAUCGUGUGUCAACCGGCUGCUGGACAUUAUUGUUUUAAAACAAAGUUCGAGUCAAGAAGAAGAAGAAAAUCAAGCUCCACAGUCAACAGAUACUGAAUCUUUACAAGUGAGGCACACUGAAGACGGCAGUUCAGAGCCCCAACAGUCUCGUGAGAGUUCCGACCCUACCCAGAUGCUCGGAGACAAGGACAUGGAUGAAAAGAGAGUAAUGGAGCAGGAAGGAGGUAAAGUUCAGCAAGAGCUAGAAGAGGAGGAAACUCCAAUCGCAGGAGCCAAACAACGAAAUGCAACCGAAAGCACAGAAAUGUCAAACACAAGUGAAAAGUUGCUCUGUAAAAAUGGUGUGCCAGCUGAAAAUAAUACGCGGUCAUUCAAAUGCAAUGCUUGCCAGGAAAGUUUUUCCAGCAGAACUGCCUUGAGUGUUCAUUACACUUGUACUUCCCACAUUCAGAGAAUGACGACAGGUUCUGCAAAGCAAGGUGCAGAAAGUAAUCCUCAGUCUCCCUCAGUUUCAGCCCGGCCAUUUACAUUAAACAAGCCCUACCAGUGCGCUGUAUGCAGAGUCUCUUACAAUCAUGCCAUCACCCUUGAGAGCCAUAUGAAAUCUGUCUUACACCAGACUCGCAGUAGAAAUGCUGGAAUGGUCGCACAAACUGUAAACAGCGCGACGGCUGCUGCUAAUCUGAGAGGUAACGCCGCCAGCGCCUCAACUAUUGUAGUGACUUCUGGAAGUGAAACGGGUCAUUUAGUCACUUCCAGCAACAGCGCUGCUCCUGGGUCACUAAUGCCAAGCUCUGCUGAAGAGGGAGAGCAGAUUCCAACUUCACAAGUGGCUCAAUCCCUUCUCGCCUCCCCGGUGGCCUCAGCUCAAGCGGUCUCAGCCUUUCUCACCCUUCUCACUUCGAGUCCCAACACCCUCUCGCACUCCCUGCUCCCCUCCCUGUUCACGGCCAGCGCUGCUCCCGGUGCUGCUGCGCCUCAGCUCGUGCCUCAGCCUCAAAUGAUAAUGCCCUUGAUCCUGAAUGGGCUUCAAGCCCAAACCCAGCAGCAUCAGGAGAACCAGCAAGGCCAGCUCCUCACCCAGUGUGUGCCAUUUGUAGGCCUCGGUGCAGCCCAACAAGCCCUCCUAACCCAAAGACUUAACAGCUUACAGAACCAGUGGCCCUCUGCCGGACUCCUAAACAUACAGCCUUCUCAGGAAGACCCAAAGCAAACUGUACUGUCUGAGGGAGAGAUCAGUGAAGAACUUGACCAAUGUGCAAGUAAAGAGGUGAAAGUUGAAAGCAAUGAAGGCAGUAGGAAGGAACGUCGCAGCAGCUCAGACGGAAACAGUGCCACAAAUCAGCUGGAGUCGGGCGGUGAUAAAGCAGCCGUGUUAAAUCUCUCCCCGGCGGCCACAGAGAAGAGCCUCUGCAAUAACAUUUCACCUUCUGCAUCGAUGCCCAGCAAUGCAAGCCUCAGUCCUGUAAAUAUAAACCUUACACUCAGCCCCGAUCCUACCCCUCAAAAACCCCUCAUGGACACAAGCCCCAGUGAUUCCCCAAAGUCCAGCCCAAGUUCCAAUGCCUUAACUACAAACCAAACUCGUCUCCACUCUAAACCAGUGAGAUCCAGUUAUCCAGACCUUCCGGUGCUAUCAGAGUUCCAGUCAGAGGUGCUCUGGGCGUUCUUUGAGUCGCGUAGUGAAGCAGAUGCUGCCAGUCCUCCUCACGAGGACUGUGAAGCUCUGGGCAGAGAGGUCGGUCUGUCUGAAGAAGAGGUACGAAAGUGGUUGACCCAAGCCUGUCAUGCAAAGCAAAGACAGAGGGCGAUGGAGCUUGAACGACAAUGCCAAGGCUCUGACGACUACGAUGAUGAUGAGGAAAGCAUGCUAGUCAUAGCAGAGGCUGAGUCUGAGAGUGAUGUUCAGACUUCAAGUGGGCGGGCCAUAGACCUGUCCAAUAAUAGAAGGAAGCACAAGCCCCGAGUUGUGGGAAGGAAGGGUCAAGAAGAUUCGUGUCUAACCUCUGACUCAGAAAAUGAGGCAUACACCUCAAUUAUCGUUUCUGAUGAGGAAAGUCGCGUCGAUUUGGUCAAAGAGAGCUGUGAAAGUCCUGCUAAAGAUGAAACCCAACAAGAUGCUCAGAAUGGGUCAGCUGGUGGGAAGGUACUACGCUCCACUACUGUGUUUCUGUCUGACGCAGAGGACGAGUAUGAAGAUGAUGAAGGUGGGGGUAGCCAGGGGGCCAAGAGGAAAAAAAGGAAAGGCGAGUUUGAGCGGGAUGAGGUGGAGGUGAAGAGAGAGAGGCCGGAUCCAGACGUGGAUCUAGAGUUGGAGGCUCAGGGGGAUCCUCCAAGUUCACACGCCUCAGUGACUGAUGUUGCUGGGAUUGUGCCUGCUGCUCUACACUCAUUUCCAUUGUCGCUUGGUCCUUUUUCUGCACAGUUUCUUAACCCUUAUGUUCUCUCUCUUCCUCCCUCAAUGCUCACCGAUGGGAGCAAGAUGCCGCUUUUUUCGAAUCCCCAAAACCUUACACGCUUUUCCAACUCCCUUCUGUCGCAGUCUCUUUCUUCUCACAGCCCAUUGUCCCCCUACCUGUCCAACGGGGAUGAUUGCGAGUCGGCUUUGGAUCUCAGUAUGGGGAAAAACAACUCCAAACCCACUUCUUCAUCCUCGUCUCUUGCUGACAGUAUUGCAGCACAGAAGGGACAGUUGUUGGAUGGGCUUGGCUUGCGGCCUACAUCCAAAGGUUUGGUUGUUGUGCAGGUUAAACCAGAAUCCAUUGCCACCAUGUCCCCGUCAAGCAGCCCGAUAAAUCUGGUCAACUGUAGCAAUGUGGCAACACCCCACAUGAAUGCACGAGCAGCAGCAAAAAUGAAUGCCAUGCUAAUGGAGAGGGAACGAGAGAAAGACCGGGAGCAGCAGCAGAGGAAGUCCAAAGGAAAGAGGUAUCGAGAUAUGCGACGCUCAAGGACCAUCAUUCAGGCUGAACAACUUGACAUUCUGUACGGCUGCUAUUUCAAAGACCCAAAUCCCGGGAAGCAUGAGUUUGAACAGAUAUCUGAGUGGGUUCACCUUCCAAAGAAAGUUGUGCAGAUUUGGUUCCAGAACAUGAGAGCAAGGGAAAGAAAAGGAGAGGUCCGUUUCAUCAGCGAUGGGACUCUGGCAGCUGUUGGAAAGCCUCUCAUCAAAUUCACUUGGCCUCUCUCCAAGCCGAUCUUCUCCAACAAGUCUGCUUCAAACAACACAGGGGGCAUCACUGCCACUCCAAUUGUGCGCACCCUCAUAAAAACAGAGAGAGAGUCUGGAAAAGAGCUAGACAAAGCAGUCAUGGUGAAAAAAAUAGCUCCUGUUCCGAUCAAGCCCAAGGAGAUGAGUUCCACUGCUGUGGGAUCACCUGUCAGCAGCAGCGCUUCAUCUAUGCCAAAGACGCAUCCUGAAACCACCAGCAAUGUCACAAUGGUUAAAGUUGCACCCAAAGUCAAUACCCCGGUGCUCUUAGCAGCACCCAGGGACCUCAUUCCAAUUGCCCCUAGACCGCCUCAUCCACAAAAAGCAGAAGAAAGUGAAGAGGAAAAGACUGAUGAGGAAAAAGACGAUGGGACUGAAAUGACAUCUGGACCGGGAAUAGCAAACCGCAUGGUACCAAAGCUGGCCACAACUCCCAUCAAUAACAGGUCUUCACUGACAGCAGUGGUGCCGCAAAAGCAGAACGGGCUGAACUACUGGACCCCCAAGGUCCCCAUUAAAAUCAACACGCUGUCAAGAGAACAAUUGGCUCUUCCCACUCACAGCGCCCGUACCAUCCCGCCUCCUCCCACGCCCAACAUUGCACCAGUAAGCCCAAAUACCCAGAGCUCGGCCAAAGCGGCCAGCCCCUCCACUCCAGCUGUGGCUAAAUCAAGCCCAGGAGACGGCGGCUUUCUGUCUCACUCAUCCAGCCGUCGACCACGUACUCAUUUGUCAUGCCUACAGCUGUCCAUCCUACAGUCAUGCUAUGAGACCUGUGCCCACCCUAAUGCCAUGGAGUGUGAGGCCAUCGGAAGCGAACUGAACCUUCCUUUGAAGGUGGUUCAGAUCUGGUUCCAGAACACAAGAGCAAAGGAGAAGCGCUGGAGGCUGCAGCAGGAAAAAUUGUCUCCUCUGACAGGUGGAAAGGUGGACAUGAGCUCAGGAGGCUACCUGCAGUACAGUGCUCUGAAGGCAAAUCGGCCCAUUCUACCCAAGCCCGUUCAGUUAACAGUCACUGAACCUCUAGCCUCUCCAGUGCCAGGCCAACCAGUGCCAAAGGAGGCCCUAACGGGGCACUGCGACACCUGCAAAGUCUCCUUUGAGUCACGAGCUGCUGCAAGGGCCCAUGUUUUCUCCCCCCGUCAUCUGGCUACCCUGAGAACCACUAACUUUGGCCAGCCGACAGCGCUCGUCAAAAGUGGAAGCAGUACCAACGGAUCGGGCAGUAUAUUGCCAAGCUCACAAGUAUCUCUUCCCACUCCUGUAACCAGCUCUGGAUCUGGUUCUGAGGGCGAGAUAGUCAUUGAGCUGCCUCUGACGACGGCAACCAGCAGCAGUUAGACUCAGAUCAUGAGUGGUCUGCAAAAUGACAAUUGUUGGACCCAUUUGGGCUCCUCAGAUUUAAAAACAAAAACAAAUUAGAGCACUAAUCCUCUAAAGCUAAUACUCUUUUGAAAUGACAUUUGCUAUCCCUUUGCCCGCUGUUCUUUGCUCAACCUUCACUCAACUUGAUAUUCGUUAACCUAAAGAUUACACCCGGAAUGAAACACCAACGCUUUCCUUGCUGCUUGUCACACUGUGGCCAUCGGGGAAACUUUUAAACUUCUCAAUUUUCUUGAGCCCUCACACACUUUAUACUGAUGUUUUUGGUCCUGACCCUGUGGUAUGUAUUAACCUUACUUCCUAUUGUUUGUAAAGCCCAUAACUUUCUAUGCUUAAAUCCUACCCUAAAGACUGAAAAUGUUUUUGUUUUUUAAACCCCUUUCUCUUUUGCAAUGGGCCCAGCAACUCUGUUUUUUGGGAUGAUGACAUAAAAUGUUGAUAAUAGAAGACUUCCUGUUUGCUCCUGUGGAAUUGUAUUUCUCAUGCCUGCUAUCACUUUUGGGGCAAAGGUUAUUUGGUUAUACAAAAAGACUGAAGCAGUGGGAAAGGAAAAGCUGACACUUCUUUUUCUUUUUUAAACUUUUGGAGUGAUCUAAAGUGUCUGCUCAUUUGGGAUAUAAAAAGGUACUAAUGAGAGAAUAGGGCUGUUGAAUUGUUCCUUAAAUACAUCUUCAUAAUUUCAUGACAAUCCAAAUAGACUGCGCUUUGAAAGGUUUAGGAAAGUAGAAUUUUUUUUGGCAUACUGCACUUUGACAGAUUUUACGUAUUCAGAAAAUAUUUUAAACCUUCUAAUACUGGUGUCUUUUUACUAAAAGAUGCAUGUUGGACACCAUAAUAUGAAAAAUUGCCCCCCCCCCUCUAAUUAAACAUGCUUUAGGUGUCGGCAUAUUCUUGUCCAAAAAUUAGACCUGGGUAUUUUAACAGAAGAGCUUUGUUCCAAAUGACAUUUAUAUCCAUGUCUGAAGGUAUAUAACAAUUUCCUGCCUGUACAGUUGUCAGCAUUCUCUUUGCCAACAGCUGCAGUUAUUACAUUUUUUGCUUUUACUUUAAAUUUUGACAAUACUUUAUUCCCCCCCCCCCCCCCCCAUGUCAUUUUGGAAAAUAGCUCUUCAGUCAGGAAUAACGGAUCUUCUGACAUUUCCUGUUGGUGUGUCUAGAAAUGACAAAUGGGGAAACGCCACCAGGUUAAUUCAAGUCCAGAUAAUCGUGGUAUAAUCUGUUUAAAAUUCAUUUAAAUCUGGAAGGUAAAUACCAAUUUUUCUGUAUUUAGGAUUCUCAUUAAAUGCUUUGUAAUGUUUUUCUUUUUUAAUUUUAUUUGAGUGUUCAACAAAUGAUAAUGGCAUUGACAGAUUUGAGGUCAAAAGCCAAUCCUGCUAAAUGGUGAAUGCAAGGUUUGCAAAAUAAACUGUUUUUCUGUACUUUCUUGCCUUGUUUAAAUCGGUUUAAAAGAAGAUGAAUUCUGUUUGUGCCCUAAAAUCAGCCAUCUAAUAACUACACAGGAGACAGUAGGGUACAACAAGUAUCCUCAAGAGACUAAUGGAUACUCACACCUAGGAAGCAAAUUAGGAAACUAAAUUAGUUGACCGAGCUAACAAGAUGGUGCUGUUUUUGAAGGAUCUUCAACAAACUAAAGGUGUUUUUGUUUUUUUGUUUUUCCUUCAAAUUACAUUGUAUAUUAAUGUUGCUAUUGAUAGUUUUAACAAAAAUGCAAAACUAAAACAAACUUUUGUAAAGAAAUAUAUAAAAAAAAAUAACUGAUAUUCCAAAGUGAUCCUCCCUGUGCUGUCAUUCAAAAACCAAAAAGCAAUCUUUAGGUCGACAGAGCAGGAGGGGUGUAAUGCAAACUGUAAAUGACAUCCCACGGCUUGGCACUUGCACUAGUCCACAAUUUUUUGCACAAGCUACAGAACACAGCCAUUACCACAGCAUCGAAUCACUUGGUGUUUUUCUUUUUUUUUUUUCAAACAAAGCCGGUAACCAUGUCCUUCAAUGAGUAAUAAGUUGUACAUCUGUUGGAAACUGUAUCUUGUGUGUAAAGCAAAGGACUGGAAUGCUUGAAUCUCAAGACUGGGAUUACACACACAUCCACACACACGCACACACAUUCAAACACGGUGUUGCACUGUCCAAACUAAAUUCAUUUUUAUGGAGAUCUGCUUUUUACUCUUUUUGUUUAUUGUCACUUUAUCGCUAUUGUUAUAACUGUACUACUACUUAUACGAUUUAUUAUUACUGCUCAUCACUGUUUUGGAUUAUUGAUUCAUAAUUGGUUUUAAAAUGCCACCUCUGCUCAAAAAGAGUAAUACUUCCUUGAAUAUUGAACAAUAAUCGUGGCAGUGUUGUUAAGAAUUGUUAGACUUUUGAUUAAGAUUAAGCUUAUCUUUUGUUUUUCUCAUCUGUACCUGCCUUUUGUGUUUGGUCUCCAUUAUGCUUUCUUUGAUAUUCAGUAAAAGAAAUAAAACUUAUUGAACAACAAA